AUGGCCGACCAACCCUCCAAGAAGCGAGGUUUCUUCUCUCGCAAGGAGAAAGGCGAUGCGAUCUCCGAAAGCCAGCUCCAGGUCGUACCCUCAACAGAGUCGUCCUCCAAGGAACAGCCUGAGGAACCCCCCGAGUCCGCCAAUGCACCGCAGUCACAGGUUAUCCAGCCAGUCUCUUUUGUUUCGCUUUUCCGAUUCUCUACCAGGACCGAGUUGACGUUCAACGUUAUCGGCGUGAUUGCCGCGGCGGCUGCAGGUGCUGCACAGCCGCUCAUGUCCCUCCUGUUCGGGAACCUGGUGCAAGCGUUUGUCACCUUCGGCUCGACGGUGCAGGAGUCCAAGGCGGGAACCCUGACGGACCCGGGCGCCCUGACGGCGGCGGAGAACCACUUCAGGACGACGGCGGCAAAGGAUGCGUCGUACCUGGUGUACAUCGGACUCGGGAUGUUCGUGUGCACGUACGUGUACAUGUUGGUAUGGGUGUACACGGGAGAGGUGAACGCGAAGCGGAUUCGGGAGCGGUACCUGAAGGCGAUCCUGCGGCAGGACAUCGCGUUCUUCGACCACGUCGGGGCGGGAGAGGUGGCGACGCGCAUCCAGACGGACACGCACCUGGUGCAGCAAGGCAUCUCGGAGAAGGUCGCGAUCUGCGUGAGCUUCUUUGCGUCGUUCGUGACGGGAUUCGUGCUCGCGUACGUGCGCUCGUGGCGGCUCGCGCUCGCGCUGUCGUCGAUGCUUCCGUGCAUCGCUGUGACGGGCGGGGUGAUGAACAAGUUUGUGUCGAGGUACAUGAAGCUGUCACUCGCGUACGUCGCGGACGGUGGCACUCUUGCGGAAGAGGUGUUUUCGACGGUGCGCACGGCUCAGGCGUUCGGCACGCAGGAGGUGCUCUCGGAUCGGUACAACUCCCACAUCCUGCUCUCGCGGCGCGUGGACAUGAAGGCGGCGGUCUUCCACGGCUGCGGUCUUGCGGUGUUCUUCUUUGUGGUUUACGGCGGUUACGCCCUCGCAUUCGAUUUCGGCACGACACUGAUCGACAGGGGUGAGGGCACGGCAGGACAAGUCGUCAACGUGAUCCUGGCCAUUCUCAUCGGCUCGUUCUCUCUGGCGCUGCUUGCGCCGGAGAUGCAAGCGAUUACGCACGGGAUGGGUGCAGCGGCGAAGUUGUACGAGACGAUCGACCGGGUGCCGCCGAUCGACUCGCAGGACGAAAGCGGACUGAAGCCAGAGAAGUGCGCGGGGGAGAUCACGUUCGAGAACGUCAAGUUCAACUACCCUUCGCGGCCGGAGGUGCGGAUCGUCAAGGACCUCACGAUCCAGUUCCCGGCGGGGAAGACGACGGCGCUGGUGGGCGCGUCGGGCUCGGGCAAGUCGACGGUGAUCUCGCUCGUGGAGCGGUUCUACGACCCGCUGUCGGGGAGUGUGCGCCUGGACGGUGAUAGCCUGCGGGAUCUGAACGUGAAGUGGCUGCGUUCGCAGAUCGGCCUCGUCUCGCAGGAGCCCACGCUGUUCGCGACGACUAUUUUUGGGAACGUUGCGCAUGGGCUGAUCGGCACAGAGCAUGAGGAUGCGUCGGACGAGGUGAAGAUGGCGCUCGUCAAGGAGGCGUGCGUCACGGCGAAUGCGGAUGGGUUUAUCUCCAAGCUGCCGUUGGGUUACGAGACCAUGGUUGGUGAGUGGUGUUCGCGGUCUCACGGUGUAGUAGUAGUAGUGUAUGUAGUGUGUGAAAUAUAUUUGUUGCGCUACGAGAACGGGCGAAAAUUCUAA